CUAAUAUAGAAUAUAUAAUUCUACUUUUAUAUAUGUGAAUGGAUUGAUUGGAUUGUUUAUGAAUAGUGAAAUGCCUAUGAUUAUUUCAUUACAACUUACUUCUCCAGAACCAAACACCUUCCUUGCAAGUAGAUGCUGUAACAACAGUUGAUUCAACCCUCUAAUACUUCUUAUACGUUUUUAGUAUUUAUUAGUCUGUACAUGGCCGAGCUCAAUGCCCUCUUUUGAAAAUUUGUCCUUCCAUAUAGAAGGUCCAACCAGCAUGUUUGUUUCAAUUGUUCUCAGUUCUUGUCUUUUGGGAUUAUUUUUUGGAGUUUUGUUUUACACCUAUUUAACUCGUUCACAUUGCCCACGCAAGCAGAUUGAAGGUGAAAACCGUUGUGUAUAUACAGCAAAUGGCCGCAAAAAAUAUAUGACAUUGAAGAAGAACUGUGAUGAUGAUGAAAUACGACUUACAGUGAUUGUUCCCGCAUACAAUGAAUCAGAUAGAAUAGUGGAUAUGUUAAAAGAAACUGUGGAUCAUCUAGAGAAACACUAUCGGUCUUUGGGGGAUCGAGGAGAGAGGCAAUGGGAAGUUCUUGUUAUCGAUGACGAGAGUACGGACUCAACGGUAGACUCUGUAUUACGAUUUUCUAGUUCACUCGAUUUGGGCGAUCAUGUGCGUGUCUGUUCACUCAAGAAAAAUCGGGGAAAAGGAGGUGCAGUAACUUGGGGUAUGCUUCAUGCUCGUGGACAAUAUGCAAUUUUUGCGGAUGCUGAUGGUGCUUCCAGGUUUUCCGAUAUUGAACGUUUAUUUGAACACAUGCCCAAAAAUGCUACUGGAGGUGUUGUCAUUGGUUCUCGUGCUCAUAUGGUAAACACUGAAGCGGUUGUUAAGCGUUCAUUCAUACGUAAUUUUUUGAUGCAUUCUUUUCACAAAUUGUUGCAAAUUCUGGGAGUUCGUGAGAUUGGCGACACGCAAUGUGGGUUCAAACUGUUUUCGCGCUUCGCUUAUCGAAAUAUAUACUCUAAAAUGCAUGUUGAAGGUUGGAUCUUUGAUAUUGAAGUCUUAACCUUGGCUCGUUUUCUCCAAUUACCGAUUUACGAAAUUCCCAUUACUUGGCAUGAAGUCGGUGGUAGCAAAAUGACUUUAUUAAAAGACAGUAUUCGUAUGGCCAUCGAUUUGCUAGUGAUUCGAUUGAAUUAUUCCUUUGGCAUUUGGGAACGGCCAAAGCCUAAGUAUGCGUAAUGAUUUUCAGAAAAUUUGCGGACUGCUGUUUCCUGUGUACAUGUCUAAUGCUAUUUUUUCGUUCGAUAUAUUGGCUUCUGUGUCAUUAUAUUCCAUUUUAUUUCAGUAUCGUUUGAAAGAAAAACCCACUAAAUCUUUGAUGAGCGACUCUCUUUUCUUUCGCUACAAGCGAUUUCUGAUCAUUCGUUUUUAGUGGCCAAGGGACAUAAUGUUCAGAAGGCUUUUAAGAAGGUAACGUUCUUGUAAAGCUUACGCGUAAAUUUAUGGUCCGUCUUAUUCUAAUGUUUAUUAUCUUUUUUUAUUACACAAUACAUGCAGGUUCAUCUUUGGUUCAUCGUUUUAGGAAGCAGGCAAAGAGUGAUCGCAUGGCAACUCUGUUACAUAAGGGCAGACUAUUCUCACCGUACCUUAUGAUGAUUAUAUAUACAAACGUGUGUUGUUUUAUUUUUCCUGCUGCUGCCUCGAACUUGGAUUUGUGAGAUGAAGCUGGCUUGUUGAUGAAUCCCAUUUAAUUUUUCUUUUUAUCCUUUACAAAAUAAAAAGAGAAAUAUAAGAACCUGCUGGCUCAGGAAUAUGCCAAUUGCCAGGGAAAUUAAUCCAUAAAUAUAUAUUUAUAUAUACUGGUUUUAUUUAUAGAAAAUUAUAAUUAUAUUACUAUGUACAUUCUGUUAAAAUUUACUUCCUUUAUGACAGGCAA